UGUCAAAAUCGAGUUUCCCCAUAAAAAUCGUCGGAGCCGAUUUUCGAUCAAGUUAAGCGUAAAAUAGUGAAAUUCAUAGUAUUUAUUGUAUAUUGAUAGUACUUUGGCGUAUAUCGAGUGUAUUAGUUUAUUAUUUGCUCGUGUAAAACAGUGUAAAUAUGAUUAAUCGCCAUUUUGCUACGAAUGUGCCCUGAAGGCAUAGCCAUUUUUCUCGAUUAGUGUAUUUUUCUUUUGUGAUUAUAGACAGUUUUUAUCUACUACUGACGUGUGACGUUUUAUAAAAUUAAAAACUACAACCGUAGCUAAUUAAACGUACAAAAAUGGAAGAAGUAAAAGUAGAGACUCCUCCUCAACCGGUCAUGAAGUUUAUAAGUGUAACGAGUGAUGCUCUGACAGAGGAACAGAGAGAAAUGUACGAAUCAGUACUAACUACUUGGAAACCGGUCAUGUUCCCUAAACGAAUCAAACGAUAUAUCUGCAAUAAAUGCAAUAAGGAAUUCAAAAAUUACCAAAAUCUUUACCUACAUACUACAAGAGUGCAUUCUUCCGAAGAAUCCGCAGUUAUCUGCGAUAUUUGUGACAAAACAUUUAAGAAUAAACACUAUUUAUAUAUGCAUCGAAUGAACAAACAUUAUUCUGAACUUGAGAAGUGCUACUGCCAGUUCUGUCUCCAAGAAUUCAGGACAAGAAGGGCUUUACAUAUGCACGUAAAAAGGAUCCAUCCGACCACCCUGCCCGAGAUAAAGUGCAACGAAUGCGGCAAAGAGUUUUCAGUACCUUACAAACUCAAAUACCACAUCGAAGCCUGCCACAGAACAGACAAAGAAAAGUACAAAUGCCACCUCUGCCACAAACUUUACAAAAACAGCUUAAAUCUUAACCGACACCUCCAUUUUCAACAUACUCCUGUACAACGACAUCCCUGCGUAUUCUGCAAUAUGACCUUUAAGUCCCGACAUCAUAUGAAACGUCAUGUAUUGAAUAUCCAUCCUCCUUUAGAGUCCAAAGUCACUUGUCCAGAAUGUCUGAAAGAGUUUAAAAAUGACCAGUAUCUUAAGGAGCAUAUGCAAGUACAUUCCUCGUUGGAUUCGAAGGUUAAAUGUGAUAUCUGUGACAAGUUUUUCCAUUCCGCGAUUCGUUUAAAAAAGCACAAGAAAAUUGUGCACCCUUCGAAACCGAAAAUGCGAUGCGAAAAAUGCAAUAAGGAGUUUGCACAUGCCCAUUAUUUACGCAGACAUAACAACGCGGUGCACUUGGAAAUUGAUGAGACAGAGUAUCCACAUUCUUGCGAGCAAUGUGGCAAGAAAUUUAAGCUAAAGAAAUACUUGAAUAAUCACCUGCAGAGACAUGAACAACAGCAUCUGAAGAGAAUAUCCCAAAUGGUUAAGACGGUUAUGGGAGAUGAGAAAGAUGUCCCAGUUAAAAAGAGAGGGAGACCAAGGAAGGCUAGAGCGGAGAUUGAGUUCAUCAAGUGCGAACCGGUGUCUAGCUCCGAUUCGGAGUCGGGAGAAACGGAGAGUGAUUCGGAGUGAAAUUUUCGCAUAUUUCGAUAGUGAAAUGGUUUUGUGCAGUGCAGGUUUUGGGCAGCGUGUAAUGAAAUUAGGUGUCCCGUUUUUAAAACUGGAGUGGGAGAUAGCAAGCCGUUGUAUAUAUGUGUUGAAGAAAUUUGCGAUUGAAAAGCGAUUUAUUUCGGUCCCUUAAGUGGAUUUCUAGAUAUUGUUAGUUAGGACCAAAUUUUUUGCAAAAUAUUUCUUGUUCUUAGAGGUUUUCUAUAUUAAAACUGCGUCGGGCGGUAGAUAUUUGGUAUGGGAGAGAAUUAAGUAAAUGCAAAAAGUUUCUGUGACCAGACACUUCAUCUGUACACCUUCUUUACAGUAUUUGCUCUCAAAGUAUCGAAUCAAUCGUAAUUCUCAAUUAUUCUUUUGCUAUACAGACCUAUUUGUGUGAUCCACAAAUAGUAGUUCUAUGUCUAUGUGUGAUGUGUCUGUGAAAGUGUUUGUGAACGUACACUUGUUUCACUUGUUUUGAUUAACAAACUGUUUCUUGGUUCUACUUCUCUGUAACAAUGUCCCACAAAAGAUAUCGACCGUCUGACGCCAUUUAAAAAUUAAAUUUUAAAUCUAAUUGGGAUCUUAUUGGAUAAGCUUAAAGAGCCUUUUAUCUAUGAAGACACCAUGGUCUUGUCAACCAUGUUUCACGUCAACAACGGGUGAUAGUCCACUGCUGCACUAUAAGUCUCCUCUACAUAGGAGGGUUUGUCACAAUCUCCGCAAGCUCCAGGGUUGGAGAUCGCAGUAUAAAAGGUUCGGGUUUUUCAGAGAGCGCUGCUGCAAGGUCUGUCUAAUGUGUAGUCUCUUAAUCGAGUAUACGACACCCGCGGGAAGAGUAGAGUUGGUGGCUAUGGUGUCUUAUUGGAAUAGGGUUCUAAUGCUAUUUCAUUCAUUCAUUGCAAAUCACAUGAUUUUCAUAAAAAACAGUUUUCUAAAAAACAUUUUACAGGCUUUUGUCAUCCCAAAAUUGUAUUUUAAAAACGUCAUAUUAGAAUAGAUAAUUGUUUGUAAAAUAAAUCUAUUUUGAUGUUGUGUAAAUCUGCAUUAAGUAACUCAAGACUCAACAAUCAUUCGAAAAUAAUUCUUAAAACCAACUGUAGAAGAGCGAUUUUUCAUCUCUUAUUCAAGAAGUUAAAUGGAAAUAUAAAUAUGAUAAGUUAACAAGGCAUAAAAUAUUAGGAAAUGGGAUUUUUAAUGUUAAAAAAGGUCUUUAUAACAAUUUCAUAGAUUUUUCUUAUUAAAUGUUUCCUUUAUUGGUAGAUUUGUAAUAUAUUGUGUAUGGCAACAUUGCGGUUUUGGUAGAAAAGACUGAUGUUGAACUGGUUUGGCGAUGAUAGGAAGACAGAAUCUGUCGUUACUCUAAUGUGAUUCGGCUCAAACAGUUAUAUGUUUUUUUCGGUGCUUAACAUAAAUACUAUUAAAUGCUAGCUAUUCCCCACGGCUUCACCCGUGUGGGCAAAGGAAACAAGUAGCAGUAUAUCACUCUCCAGCUUCAUAACUACUUUCAGUCACAAAAAAAUAUUCUAAAAAUGAGAAUUUUGUUGGUACAAAUUGAUUUUGGAAACUAGGUUCGAAUUUAAUCAUUAUUUUUGUAUUAUAUAGUCCAUUUACUAAAGAAUACUAUAGGUUAUGAAACAUAAUGCUGCGAUCAAAAGGAACCGAGCAGCGAGUGAAAUAACGCAGGAAUACUAUAGUAAAUUGAUAAAUCAUACUAUUAAAUUUUUCCAUUGUAAUUUACACAUAAAAGUCUUAUUUCCUUCGCAUUUAUACGGUAUCGAAAUUGUGGUUUAAUACUAUCUGUACGUGCGUUCGCCAAGACGAUCAUCAACAAACUGAAUAAAUGUAUGAAUGAAAGGUGGUGAACCCAAUGUUGCCAUAUUAAAAAAUUGUUAUCUAUUUGGGGUCAGUAAUAUUAAUGUUAGCAACUUUUAAAAUAAUGAGGACUUUUAAUUAAUUUUGUAAUUAUUGUAGAUGCUGUAUAUUUUGCUACUGUUUUCUAAUUUUACUCCUAAUUUACGCAUAAUAUAAAGUUUCCUUCAAAAAAAUUAAGUAAGAUUACUCUUGGUAUUUUGACAAAAAUCGGUCGUUUUGCACAUGCAAAAAUCCUAUUAUAGUUUCGGUGUCAAUGUCUCAGUAUGGUAAAAACAUUGUUAGGUUUUACAUACCUAAGGCCAUGCGUGUCCCCCAUGCAAGUAGGCAGAGACUAGAACGCUAAUGUGGGCUAACCUUUUUUUGCUGUAGAAGUGGUUUUUUGUCCAAUAACAGCAGCUGUCAGAUAUUGAACCUCAAAUGACGUGACAUUAGCUAAUUCCCUAUUGAAUGAAGAACGAGAGGUGCUCACAAGCCCAUUGCUAUGAUUCUUACAUACCUUUCGCUUCAUCAACUGUCCGGUCGUUUAGAGUUUUAUAAUAUCUAUCGU